CUCCCUCCCGGCUGUCGUUCCUGUCGUUCUCUCUAUAUAAGGAUGUUCAUAGUCUGCAGAUACAUGUAUCAUGUGAUUGGCUGGGAAGUUGAUCACUCGUUGAUGCCAUAGAAGCGCAUUCUGACUUCCACACCAUCCAAUCCUGCAUGCUCAAUACAGCCUGUUCAGACCAGGACAUCAUAUGGAGUCCAAUUCUGCCCCAGGGGAUGCCCACGAUGCCAUACCAUCGGCACCACAAAAAAGAGGGAGAGCGUGCGAGGCCUGCUCGAAGAUCAAGAUCAGGUGUUCCCUGGGGCAAGCAUCCGAAAAAGCGGUGCCACCUUGUGAAAGAUGCGUAAGACUCAAUAAGGAAUGCGUGUUGACGCUGCCAAAGCGUCAGAAGGAUCGUGUGGCUGAGCUUGAAGCACAAGUCGCUACGCUGACCCGACUCCUCGAGAGUCAACGAAUCCAAAUAUCAGCUGAGCCAUCGAGGAGCGAUGCUUCCGGUGAUGCUGUUGCAACAGCUCCCUCUUCGCAGACAGCGGCCAAGAAGCGAAGGUUGGAGGAGCGUCAAGAUGCGGCCAGCAUCGCUUUCCCCGAGCCAAGUGACGCAGACAUGUCAGAUAUCCAAAAACUGGAUCGAGUGCUCUCAUAUGAACUCCAGGAGCGUACAAUAUUUCGCUACGAGGCCGAAAUCGUGCCCCUCUUCCCUGUAGUCCUACUCCCAGUGGAUAAUACAUUACAAAGCUUGAGAGCUAACAAAAGAAUACUGCUAUUGGCCUGCCUGUACGCCGCCAGUCCUGGUUUUCUAUCCCUGGACGAACAAGAGCACAUUGCCCAGCUACUUUUGGAUGGCCUUUCCUCAAGGGCUGUAGCACCCGGCGAGGAGGCGCUCGAGCUGGUACAAGCGAUCCAGAUCUCAUGUCUGUGGUAUAGAUCGCCAAAACAUCACAGACGUGCUGCGGUCUAUCAGCUCAUUGAUCUUGCUUCUGGUCUUGCCAAUGACCUGAACGGGACUGGGCCACUUGCUCCUCUUGGCAAAGGGCUGAGCCUCGACGCCGAAUCGUGCGAAGCAGUCGAGAGUUGGCGGGCAUGGCUAGGCUGUCACAUCCUCUCUGCAUCAAUGUCGAUUCUCAUGAGGAAGCCAAUCACAGUGGUAUGGACGGAGCAACAUGAACAAGCUCGUCUGAUGCUGCAAUACUCGCCAGUCAACGAGUCAUCCGAUCGAUGGCUCGCGCAGUACAUCCGAGCCGAACGACUUUGCGAAGAGGUGGCUGAGCAGAUGGAAUUCAGCAACUUAUCGUAUUGCCACGAUGUCUCUGAGCCUGCAACGAGAAAUAGAGUGCAGACUUGCAGAAACAAGAUUUUGAACUGGAAAAUGGCAAUUCCACAGGAUCUCCGAUCGCCAUUGCUGCUGUUCUGGGAGCACGUUGCGACAGCAUACAUGCAUGAGACGGUUUUACACACGUCGACGAACAAGGAAAGCUUCUCUGCGCCUUAUAUGGCAGAACGACUGUCCUUGUCUGACUUUCCGAUCCCGGUUAUCACGCAAGACCAUAUUACGGCCGUCUACGAGCUGACGGCUGCUGUUCAAGCAGUGUUGUCACUUUACACGAGUUUGGACACUUUGACCCUGAUUGCGUCGCCAAGUUUAGUAUAUGCCACGCGGGCUGCAUACUCGCUCUACAUCCUCGCAAAGCUGCACAUCGCCGUGACGAUGCCUGGCAACACUCUCGGCUCCGUCAUCGACAGCUCGAUUGUAGCCUUGCCCGUGUACGCGGACAUGCUAACUACCACUGGCGCCCGAGUGAAACUCGUAGAUGAACGCUGUGGGCCUUCUCGCAUCAUGCAGACGGGACCUGCUAUGAAAGACUGGUUUACGAACUAUACUUCAUUUCUCGUUUCGCAAUCUGCCCUCCAUACGACGUUACAGCCAGAUACACAAGCAUUCGAGGAGUACACGAGAAAUUCUACAUCAGCACCGAUAACACCACCAGUGGUAGUUGUUCCGCAUGGUUCAAAUCAGCUCCUCGGUGAUACUAGUAGUAGUAGUAACAACAGCAGUACCAUGCCGACGACCGAUUGGGAGAAUGUGUUGUUAUUAUACGGAGAUAGUGGGGGCGCGGAUUAUGGCUUUGAUCAGCUUUUCGCGGAAUCUAAUAUUGCACUGUGAUGUGGUGCAGUGGAAAGGAUCUCGUAGUAGAUAGAAGCAUUCUUUUGCACUCUACGAUAUCAGUAAUUAUCUCUACUCUGUCAUGAUAU